GGCACAGCAGACAGUCAGCAGUAGCAGCAGCGGGAGUGAGGACCCUAGCGGGCCAGCAGGCAGUGUGCAUCAAGAGGCGAGUAAGGGUUGUUGUGUGUGCCUCCGUGGCGGUGUGGCGGCUUGUCCUUAUUAUUACUCGUGUGUGCCAGUGUGCGUGUGUAUGGCGCAUUAGCCCUGUGCACUGCCUCACCCCUGUGACCGCCCCGCCCUUGCCUGUGGGGACUGUGACUCGUGUGGCACUGGGAACCUGUGGCCAUGGGAUGACAGUCAGCUGACCACCACCACCACCGCCUCCGCCACACGCCGCCUAGAAAAGAUAAAAAAAAAAAAAAAAAAGAGGAGGCGGAAAGAACUUAUUUUUGGAUUGUUAGGGAAGAGAUUGCAGACACAAAUACACAAGAAGAGAAAAGUAGACAUAACUAAAGGCUGGUUUAAACGUUAUUUGCCUUUAAACAUACACAGAAUUAGUCGCCGCCGGGCCAAAACAACAGUAGUUAUUGCGGAAAAAAAAAUAACGGAAGAUACAUACUUGUUAAAGAAAAUACCAAUGCAGAGGAAGUAAAAAGACUAAGGUGAAAGAAAACUGAUCGCAAAAUAAUAGUGGAGUGCCCAACUAAGUCACAAGAAGAGGAAGAAGAGUACACGCUCCACGGGGCCUGAGGAAAGCAUCUUCGGGAGGACCUGCGGGGCAUAGCUGACGGAGGACGUUCACCCCUCCUGGCUCCCGCUAAGGCGUGGGAUGUGGUGAUGUUGAGGAUGGUGAGAAGAUACGUGCCCCAUGCGGUGGUGGGGGCGCUGGUGCUGCUGCUGCUGUACCGCGGCCAUUAUACAUGCGAGCCCGCCCCUCACCGCGCCCACAGACAGCACGUGGCGGCGGACAGUAGCGGCGCCCUCCACAAUUAUGACCGGAAUGAGCCCAUGAUCUUUAUCGGCGGCAUGCCACGCUCCGGCACCACACUGAUCCGCGCCAUGCUGGACGCUCACCCCGACGUACGCUGCGGGGAGGAGACGCGCGUGGUGCCCAGGAUACUGCAGAUGCGCCAGCAAUGGAAGCGAUCUGCCAAGGAGUCUGUCAGGCUGCAGGAGGCUGGCGUAACUGAUGAGGUGCUGGAUGAGGCAAUAUCUUCCUUCAUCCUGGACGUGGUGGUGAACCAUGGCCAGCCUGCUGCUCGUCUCUGCAACAAGGACCCCUUCACUCUCAAAUCCGCCAGCUACCUCUCCAAACUGUUCCCCAAAGCCAAGUUUAUCUUCAUGAUACGCGACGGGAGGGCGACAGUGCACUCCAUCAUAUCUCGCAAGGUGACCAUCACCGGGUUUGACCUGUCCUCGUACAAGCAGUGCCUGCAACGGUGGAACAGUGCUGUGCAAACCAUGAACACUCAGUGCGAGGAGCUGGGCAACUCCAGGUGUCUGCCGGUGUACUAUGAGCAGCUGGUGCUUCACCCACAGGAGUGGAUGAGAAAAAUCCUGAACUUCCUGGAGAUUGCAUGGGAUGAUGCAGUGCUGCACCAUGAGGAACACAUCAACAAGCCUGGUGGUGUCUCUUUGUCCAAGGUGGAGCGCUCCAGUGACCAGGUCAUCAAGCCAGUGAAUCUGGACGCCCUCACCAGGUGGGUGGGCCAGAUUCCCAAGGAUGUGGUGGAGGACAUGGCCAACAUUGCCCCCAUGCUGGCCACCCUGGGCUAUGACCCUUAUGGGAAUCCCCCUAACUAUGGCCAGGCAGAUGCGCUGGUGGCUAACAACACCAAGAGGAUACAGAAGGAACAGAGCAAGUGGGAGAACAAAGCAGAGGCCGUGCGCAGCUACUCCAAAAACAGGAAGGCCGACAACACAUGAUUGAGGCCCUCCAAGCCUUGCAUUCCUCCCCAGCCACCCCCAAGGCUCCAAUCACUGCAUGGGGUUGCUGUGUGUGGACAUUGACAUCACCACGAGGAACUGGGACGAGGAGCUUUUUAAAACACCUUGAGCUUUUUAAAGCAAAAAAUGCUCCUGAUAUUACAAGCUCCCUUCUUAUCCCUGUGUUUGACUCUUUCUUCCCUUAUUGGGUUAUGUUCAGGAUAAGAAAAAGACUUGUAGUCUAUUCCAGUUGUGGAUUUUCUUUGAGGACAAGAUAGGACUUACUCUCUCUCUCUCUUCAGAUGUGAGUUCACUCCCACUGUGCACUGUGAAUGACCACUGCAGGAAGUUGUGUUUUCUGUAUCAUGUUGUGAGUGGAACUGAAAGAAACUUACCUCCCUUGCAAACCCUCAUCCCUGAGCUCUUCUCUGAACACCAGUGAAUGGAGUGAAGCAAUCAUAUGUUUUGUUAUCUCUUCUCUUGGCCGCUUGCGUGAUAAAGGAGUGAUCCGGCAUUACUUAUAGAACGGUUAUAUUUAUUUCAGAUGAGCUGGUAAAGAAUCCAGGGCAGGUGUGUGUGAGGUAACUUGUGUGUGAAGGUGUGAUGUGAAGCUGUGGUAUCAAGUGGCAUUGGGAGACUUCUAUAGAUGUAAGGCAACAUUGCAUGACCUCUCUAUCGUGCCAUGAACUGAAGGAGUCAAUAUCAAAGUGUUAUUCAUGACAGUGACAGGCAUUAACAGUAGUGGUGGGCAGUGAAGUCAUAGUGUUAGGUAGACUGGAUAGCUGUAGUAUGUAUUAGUGGUAGGUGGUGUAGCAGCUUUGGUAAGAUAUGUGGGCAGGUAUGGGUUUAGUUAUGGUAGAUAUGGUAUUGGUGGUAAUGGUGUACAAGGUUUUUCCUUUUGUUUCCCUCAUAAUGCCAAAGUACUUAGUUACUCUACAGCAUAACAGUAUUACACUACAGUAGCCCUCCACACAGCUGUUCCACACCACACCACUGCACCUCCACAGCCAAACCACACCACCAGUCCAUUCCCUCCUCUAUUCCUAGCAUGCCACGCCUCACUACACCGUUCCUCAUUUCUUAGCACCACACCACACUGUAGCACUAACAUUCCUCAAGCUACACCAUCCAACACCACAUCACCGCAUCCUUCCAGCCAGACCAUCACCCUACAGUACACUUCAUAGAUCACAAGCAAAACACACUCCACCACACACACUACAUCACAUAAAAAUUUCCACCACUAACACCACGUCACCACACAUGCACACCACACAUACAGAAAGAUGAGAGAAGUGGAUAGAUCUGGCAAUGCAAAGAUCUGAUAUGUAUACUAUUUAGGUAUUCAAAGAUCUCUAAAACAUAUGAAUUCUGAGAGUGUAAAGAAAACAAGAUGAAUUGGAAAUGAUCUCUAUAAACUCAAGCAUACACAGCUAAGGAAUAAGUUGGCAAGUGAGUAAGGUCUGAUUCACUCCCAGUAUCAUGUUGUCGGAGGCUCAGAAUAGACCAGACUGAACUAGAUAGUUUUACCAGCCAAAGCUUACUAUUUCAGGUUACCCAAUACUUAAAACACACAGACACACACACGCGUGCACAUGCGCAUGCAAAAUAAGAGUUCUGUUAUAGGUAUCAUUUACAUCCAUCUUAUUCCAGCGAAUAUUAAUCAUUACAAACGUCAAUUUAUAUGCAAUGCAUGUAGAACUAUCCAUAUUUAGCAAUCCAACACUAACACGGUUCACCACUGCAUGUCUGUGCCAGGGUCCAAGUGACAUUAAGAGCACAACAGCUGGAGACCUGCACUUCAUCAGGCAUCUCAUGCAACAAACUCACAUUGGUGCUUCUCUGUCUACUUCCUGAAAUCCAUAUUUAUAUUUUAACCUUAUGUAGAUGUCAUCACCCGAUUACUACAAGGUUUAUUUUUUAAACUUUAUGGGUGUCAUCACACUUACUGUAUUCAUUCUCAGUUUUUCAUUGUAGUUGACUAAUGAAAUAAUAAAGUAAUGGCACAAAUUCACAACCAGAAGUCAUUAUAAGUGAUCUCUUUAGAGCAUUCAUCACUUUGCUUAAUUAUUAGCAUUUUCAAAUAAUGGUAGCAAUAAUGGUGUGGCAGAACAAAUGCCACAGAGCUCGCAAUCAGAAAUCAUCAGAAGUGGCCUUUUAGAACAUACCUGUUUAGCUGCUUAAGAGUGUGGCAUGCAUAGCCAAAGGUGAAUGUGCAGGGAGAUAUAUACACCACCUGAGAAAUGUCUGAAUCAGAAAAAGCAGGUAAGAAUUACUCAGGUGGUGCCCCUUUAGUACUCUCCUCAACCAAUGUACAAUCUGCCUGGUUUAAAUUUUUGGAGUUUUUGCCAUCCAAUCUCAAAAGCACAGAUUGCAGUACAGUUCAAAUUAUAAGGCGUCUAAUGAAGAGAUUUUUCUGCCAUAUUGCUGAAUGAAUGAGUGCAUCAGCUCUACAAAUAUACAUUCCAUAUUUAAGAAAAUGGCAAAGAGGAGUGAGUGGUGGUGUCUGCUUCAUCCAUAUCGGCUGGCCCUUGAUAACUGAGGCUCAGAGUUACAGAGAUGAGUUAAGUCAUGUUGAGUGUCUUGAAGACACUGGCCCAGCUUUUCUUCCCUUCUCUCUGCCAUGCAUAGUGAGUUGUGUUCCUCUGAUAGAGUGAUGGUGUGUGUGCUGUUGGUCAGCUGCAACCUUUGCCAGAUGGUAGCUGCUAGUAAGCAGGACUGGCAUCACACAGCUCUGGGCACUCUGUCCUCUGUCCAGCACCACCUCAAACUGGCUCUUUUUGUGGCCUCAGUAAAAAGGAUGAUUUAGAUUACCCCGGGUAUACUGAAAUAGAAGAAACUGGAGGCAGCAAUAAUAUUGUGUACUUCUGUUAUUAUAUGUAUUAUAUGUAUUUUUCAUUAUAUUUAGUAUGUAAUAUAGUAUAGGUUGCUUUGAAAAUAUAUUAAAUAUUUUAGAAAAUAGCAAAAAAUAUUGUUCAUCAUUAUUAUACAUAGUGAUAUUUGACAAAUCAGUCUUAAAUAUAUUUUCUGUGUUUUAUAUUUUUUAUAGUUCAUCUCAUCAUGAGGAUUGUCUUGUUUUAGUUAGAAAAGAGAUGUCAAAAAUUAUAUUUAUGUUCAUCUCUGGAAAUGAAGAAGCACCCACUUGGGAUGAGACAGGAGGCACUGGAGGGCCUGAGUGGCAGCUCCAGGCACUGAGUGGCAGGAGAUGAGGGACAGAACAGGACUCAGAAAAUGUCUUAACUAAAAAAUAAAGAAGAAGGUCGCAUUUAAAGAGCCAAGCCUUCAGGUAACCUCCAUGACCCAUGUGGGACACUCGAGGUGCUUUGCCGUGUCCUGGCCUGCCCGCUGGUGCUGUGCAGGACGCUGGUAUUUUUAUCAUGAUUGUUAUUUUCAUUUCUUACUUUUUUCUCAUGGUAGCUUCUUUCACAAUGACGGAUAUCACUUGGUAUUUUAUAUUCUUUCCUUUCAUAAUUCCAACUGUCAUCUUAAGCUUUUUUUCUUUUUGUAUUUAUGCAAUUUUCCUUUUACUUCUGAACUCUUCAUAUCAUCUAUUUUUUUCUUUAGGAUUUCAGUACUCAGUUCUCUUAUUGGUUCUUCACCUGAUAAUCAUACUCAUUCUUCUUCCUUUUCUUCCAGAUCAGACUUUAAAUUGACAUAAUACAGUGCAGUAACACAUUUAUCUCAUUCCUGAUAUACAUGCAUAAAUUGGGUGGAUCUUCAAGUAAUUAUAGUUGGGAAUUAACUCCUAGUGAAGUGUACCUAUAUUUUACAGAAAGGGUUUUUAAAGAGCUGUCACCUGUUUGUAUAUCUCUGUAGUGUAGUGGAAGGUUUGCAUAUGUUUUGUGGGAGGAGUGAUGGAUAUUCAUUAGUUUGUAAGAAGGGAGAGGGAGGUGUGGAGGUGUGUAUGUGAGUGUGGUUGUGUGACCAACACCAGCCUUGUGGUGAUGAUACUAGCACAACCUGUCUUGUUAAGUUGCUUCAAAUGAUGUUGGGUUCCUUGAUACUGUACUUUUAUUACUUUUCAUAAUGAGUGAAGGGCUUCUAAACUCCACCAGCUGUCCAGUGCAAUGAAUGAUGUGUAGCAGUGCAUUUAUCAUACAGGGAAAAAAGGCUUAUUAAAACAUUUAGCUCAAUAAGUUUAAGACUAAGUCAAUUUUUAGAGUGUACGUAAAUCGUCUAAGUGAAAAAACAUCGGUGUAUAGCUUGAUGUGACGCAGAAUGUCCCGCUUCAUGUUUUCCUUUGUGUGUACUCAGCAAGUCGUGCUUCUGCUCAGACCUUGGAAUGCAGGGACUGAGUGUAGUGGUGGCACCUUAAGGGACAUGGGGACAUGAGGGGAAGACUGGCAUCCCUCUUUAAAGUCCCUUGACACCCAGAUUUGUGAUGGCAUUCUUAAGGACACAAGCUGGUACCUCUCUGUAAAACUCCUUGGCAUCCUGACUUGUGGUGGCAUCCUUAGGGACACAGGGACAUGAGGGGAAGGCUAACAUUCCUCUGUGAAAUCCCUUGGUACCUCCAUGUUUUCUUUGAGGCCAGCAAUUCAAAGCCCAGCCACACCUGUCUUUUCCAGCCUGUUUCUCUCUUGAUCCUCCCUUUUCUUCCUCCUCCUCCUCCUCCUCCUGUGUGUGUGUGUAUGUAUGUAGAGGUUCUGGUGCUGCUGCUCAGUGACGUCAUGUUUGUUAACUAUUCUGACAUCUUCAGCUCCCCACUUCAUAUUUAUCACCUUCAUAAGAGAUUAGUUGUGAGUGUGUGAUGUGGUGUUGGUGGAAUACCUGGAUGUCUGCCAUUAUCAACACUUCUCAUGAUGCAAGGAACUGUACUGUACUGGGCUUUGAAUGUUACUUGGUGCUAAGAUUAACAUUUGCAGUGUUCAGAACUUAACAGGAAUGCUUGCAAUGUUCAAAACUUCACGUGAUUUUGUUUGCACUGUUUAAAACUUCAAAACUUUACAAGGGUGUUUGCUCUGUUUGAAACAUUACACAAUUUUCUUUGCACUGUUCAAAACUUCAAAACUUUACAAAGAUAUUUGCAGUAUCCAAAACUUCUUGUGAUUCUGUUUGCACAGUUCAAAACUUGCUGUGAUUCUGUUUGCACUGCUCAAAAAUUCAUGUGAUUCUGUUAGCAGUAUUCAAAACUUCAUAUGAUUCUGUUUGCACUGUUCCAAACUUCGUGAUUCUGUUUGGACUGUUCAAAACUUCAUGUGAUUCUAUUCAAAACUUAAUGUAAUUUUGUUUGCACUGUUCAAAACUUCAUGUGAUUUUGUUUCCAAUGUUUAAUUAAAGCCUCAUUAGGAUGUUUGCAAUGUUCAACUUCACGUGAGUGUUUGUUUGCAAAUGACAAAAACUCAACUUUACAAUGUUCAAAAGCUAAUGAGAAUGUUUGCAAAUGUUCAUCUUGCACCUACCACAGAAAAUUUCCCUGAUAUGUGAAUGAAUGUGAUAAUGUAUGUUACCCACUGAACAUUUUCUUUGGAACUGUACUCAAAAGGAAUUUACAUCUUUAUAAUAUACACUACUAUAUAUUCUUUCCCUCAAAAUUGUGAAGUGUCCCAAAUACAUAGUACAUCAAUUAUAA